CUGGAAAUAAAGCUUUGGUUUUCCUCUUUCCUAUGUUGUCCAUUAUGGCAUGCCUGGCAGUUUUGUUAAUGGCCUGAGAAAUACAACAGAAAUCAAACUGUCUGCCUGCAUCUACUCCUCAUCUGAAGUACUGACAAGAGGAAGGACACCAAUAGAUAAAUUCAACACAGAUGACUUAGAAGAAAGAAGUGGAGCAUUAAAAGCCAUUUUUAUAAUGUAAUUAACACACUAUAGCAUUAAAGCAAUAUUUACCUGGAGACAGGAAUCUUCCCUUGCUGCUUUCUUUCCACUGCUGGUUUGUCCAUGAUAAAAUAUUGUUUGACGCUGCCUCCACCCCCCCCUCAGCAGAAAGAAGCUGCAGAAAAGUUUGUUGGUGAAUUUAUUUGCUCACACAGGUUACUCACACCACAGCUCUUCUGGGCAGGUUCUGUCAGCAGCCAGCAGCAAAGACCCUUUCCAGUGACCCUAUCCCCGAGUUUACAUGAGGGCCUGGCAGGGGAGUGUUCUCCUCUGUGCACAGCCAGCCUCACUAAAUCUCAGCGUGACAGGCACACAGCUCUACCACUGAACUUUUAACUUGAAGCUCUAGCAGGGCACGCAGUAGCUCCAGCUACAUGACACAGAUCUGUGAAAGUAAAUCACUUCGCUGGGAACCAGGGGAAGUCCAGCACAUUGUUUUGCAGACUUUGCCUACAGUUUCUUUGCAGUAUAAGCAUAGACUAUAUACACCCGGGAAAGCAAUCAGAGCAAGAUGGACUACCAGCACAGAGCUCAGCCAUACCCCAUCCCAGAGGAUGAAGAAGUUGUGUACAAGGUCGCUUCUGAUGCUCACAACUCUGCAGGAAAUGAAGAUGAGAAACCAGUGUCAAAAUUGCAACGUAGGCACAGUGAAAUAAAACUCUACAAAGAGUUUUGUGACUUUUAUGCAAGAUUCAACAUGGCGAACGCGCUUGCAAACGCCAUCUGUGAGCGCUGCAGGGGGGGCUUUGCCCCUGCCGAGAAAAUUGUCAACAGCAAUGGUGAGCUGUACCAUGAGCAGUGCUUCGUCUGCGCCCAGUGCUUUCAGCAGUUCCCCGAAGGGCUCUUCUAUGAGUUUGAAGGAAGGAAGUACUGUGAACAUGAUUUUCAAAUGCUUUUUGCCCCUUGCUGCCAUCAAUGUGGUGAGUUCAUUAUUGGUCGUGUUAUUAAAGCCAUGAACAAUAGCUGGCAUCCAGAGUGCUUCUGCUGUGAUAUCUGCCAAAAAGUACUGGCUGAUAUUGGAUUUGUCAAGAAUGCUGGCAGACAUCUCUGCCGUACUUGCCAUAACAGGGAAAAAGCCAGAGGCCUGGGAAAGUACAUUUGCCAGAAGUGUCAUGCCAUUAUUGAUGAACAGCCUCUCAUAUUCAAAAAUGAUCCUUAUCACCCUGAUCAUUUCAACUGUGCAAACUGCGGGAAGGAACUUACUGCUGAUGCUCGUGAGCUGAAAGGAGAACUGUACUGUUUACCCUGCCACGACAAAAUGGGUGUCCCCAUCUGUGGGGCAUGUAGGAGACCAAUUGAAGGCCGUGUGGUGAAUGCUAUGGGCAAACAAUGGCACGUGGAGCAUUUUGUUUGUGCAAAAUGUGAAAAGCCAUUCCUGGGUCAUCGUCAUUAUGAGAGAAAAGGCUUGGCGUACUGUGAAACCCACUACAAUCAGCUUUUUGGUGAUGUUUGUUUCCAUUGCAACCGUGUGAUUGAAGGAGAUGUUGUGUCUGCUCUGAAUAAGGCAUGGUGUGUGAACUGUUUUGCUUGUUCGACUUGCAACACUAAGUUAACCCUCAAGGAUAAGUUUGUUGAAAUUGAUCUAAAACCUGUCUGCAAGCACUGUUACGAGAAAAUGCCAGAUGAAUUUAAGCGACGACUUGCCAAACGGGAACGUGAAGCAAAGGAUAAAGAGAAGCAGAAAAAGAAAAAGCCAAUCUGUUUGUAAACUUCUUUUCCUUCUCACCACCACCUCUGCUCCUUUCUUCUUUGGUUAGUCCUAAGGAUGCUUCUUUUUGCACUUUUGCAUGAACUUAUGGCAGUCAAAGCCAACACAUCUUUCACGCAACUGCAACUUGAAAUACUAACUUGUUAUUCCAUUAUCUUUUGUUUGGUCUACAAUUAGGUUUGAAAGGCUUUCUAAAUUACAUGGUUAAUAAAUAUGGGCACGUAGUCACCGUCUACAGUGUAUGUAACUUGUAAAAGUAACUUAAUAUAUUUGUAAACAUUGGGGGCUUAAUUUUUUGCUUGUGCACAUUUAAUAUGAUUUUUUUAAAUUUUUUUUUUCACUAUCUCAUCUGCUAAAACUUCAUCUGUUUCUUUUGCUUUUGUUAUUUUAGGAAUAAAUUUGUUGAGUUUGAUAUGAAGCCUGUCUGCAAAAAGUGUUAUGAGAAGUUUCCUCUAGAGCUGAAGAAAAGACUGAAGAAAUUAGCUGAAACUUUGGGAAGGAAGUGAAGACUUCGUCUGCUCUCCUCUUCCUUCGUGAAAAUCUUAUAGAUACUACUUGAGGGGGAGGGAGGAGUUGCUGCUUUGAGGCUGCAGUCAGACAACAAAUGCUGAUGCAUGCCUUCUAUCAACCCAAAAUACAUUACAAUUCUUUGUUCUCCAUAUUUGUAUGCUUACUUGUUGACAAACAGACCAUACUUCCAAAAUAAAUACCAGCUCACCUGAAAGAUUUCUGACCAAUAAUGCCAUUGUACGGAUGCAGGUGGCCAAUUCUGUACACUAAUUCUCUGUGGAAUUCUUCAGAGAGAGAAAAUUUGCUUGUGAACACCACCUGUGAAAAUAAACGUAGCAAAUGUGCCGAACUUUAGGGACUUUAGGUGUAUCGUCAUUUAUGUGAGUGAAAAUAUUAACCUUCGUAUUAAGCAUGCAGACAAAACUUGCCCAGCUCAAGUGAUUUGGGCAGGAAACCAGUAUACUUUGCCUCAUGGAAAAAUUCAUGCUUGGAUAUCAGGCUGAGUCAUUUCAUUAAGGAGCCUUGUUUUAGAUGGUUUGAAAACUAUCAGAUUUCUAAAUAUAGCCACUAUACAAAUGACGUACAUAAAAUGAUAAAAAUGAUAGAUUAUGCUUACAUAGUGAAUGUUUCAUCAGGCUUAGCAUGAGGUACUUAUAUAAAAAGUGUAUUCCUAUUGCAAGAAAUGAGCGUACUCAGAACUACUUGAAUUUUGCUAUAUUCCACUUAAAAUAACACAUUAACAUCUAUAUAUGCUUUUGCAUUCUAUUUACUUUUUGUGCCUUAUUCUGCUGGACCAUACAUAACAGUAUACCAUUAAAUAUAUAUAGUUUUAUAUUUUAUUUCAUAUUUUUUAUGCAGAAACUAUAUAGAAGGUAUUUUAAAAUGAAAACAUACUUUGCCUUAAUUAUACAGGAUGCAAGAAUUAUUUUAUUUGAAAUGUGAACAUCUGCAUUUAAAAUUUAGCCUCUAGACUUCAUUGAUUUUCAGACCAAUAUUGAAAAUGUGUAUUUCAAUUAACUGGCAAUAUUACUUUUACACCUCUGAGUGUAAAUAUGCAAGGUUUGAUCCUGCUAGGAUCUACUUCUUUAGCUAUCCUCAAGGACUCAGCUUACAAAUAAUCAAAAUUCUUUAUAGCGUACAUUUAAUUGUUUUCUACUAUUGAGUUCUGUCCAUGCAAAUUUGUUUUUUUUUCCCCUUUCUUGUAGAAAAUACACCUACUUAGGUCCUCUUGAUGGUACAAAGUAUGCCAACUUUUUUUUUUUUUAUUUUUGUACAUUAGUGACUUAAACAGAUUUUAUGUAACUACGUAAGAGGAAGUAACAUUUUCUUUCCUGUUUAUGAAAAAUUAGUUAUUUUAAAACAUCUGCUUUCCUGUGUCAUCAAUAAAGGCCUUGUUAUUAAACUGU